AUGGGCUUCUUGGAGAGAUCAAGGUCCUUACGCCGUAAAGAGACACCUUUUAUGCGCAAGAAGCUUGAUGAAACAACUACUGCCCAAGAAGCAAAAGACGUCAAUGUCGAGAGAGAGACGCAGCGUCCUAUCAAGAGUGCCCAUGGCUACAAAGACUCAACAAUGAAAGGAAUACAAACCCCACCAGAAGCAUUAUCGAGGCCUUGCACUGCUAGCAAAGUGCCUAUCUUGGAGANNAAACACCCCGAGGUGCCCAUGCCGAACUCUGCAAGAAACUUCGCAAGAAGAAUGUCCAUGACCCCAUCGCCACGAACAACCACGACCAGACUGACUUUACAUGCCAACCAUUCCACGCCCGGUGUCGCGUUCGAGAGCCGUCCGGGUAACCCGAAGCGAUCUAUGACUACACCUAUCGAACCCCUUCCUACCUUAGCCAGGCAGGAGGAGAAAACGGUUGAAGUGGUUAUACCUCUUGCUCCUCUCAAGGUUGAAGCACCUUCGGCUGCUCCACGCAAGGAGCCUCAUCUGCGCAAAUCAAAAUCUGGUACCUGGAGGUCGUUCUUCUCGAGGAAACAAUCGAAGCCACCGCUUCCUGACUUCAAUCCAGCAGACGUUGCUCCUCCACCGGCACUCCCAAGAACGUCUACCAAGAGCUCUGUGCCAGCGAGCUGGGCCAAAGAAGGAAAGAAGCUUCAUCGCAACUCAAUCUCUGUGGACAAGACAAGAGGAAUUCAGACUGGUACCCGACAACAAUAUACAAAGAGCAUGGGCGACAGGUCUGCGCUACCUCAGUUGAAGGCGGCCAAUCUUUCGACCUUGGAGCCUCCACCACGAUCGUCUGCACGAAGUCCGAGUGCAGAAUCAGCCAUGUCACAGUACUUCGAUGCUGCAUCAUACAACAGCGGCCCCUCUCUACCGGCGACUCCUCUAGGCGGUCCUAACAGGCUUAACGUCAAUAUUCCCGCUGUUGAGAUGGAGCGCUACAGUGUCAUGUUUGAAAAGCUGCUUCAACCUCAGACCUCAAUCAUGGACAGGCGACAGACAAUGGUGAAACAACUAAAUCUUUCAGAUCAGCCUUCGGGGAGGGUAAGUCGUAAAUUACUCAGAUACACAAAGACCCAGAGACUAACCUCCUACCCAGNNCUCGCUCCCGAGUCUCCUGCCUUGCAACGCCGUGCCACUUCACCUAAUCUUAGUUGCCGUACCCCAAUGGCUGCCGAGACGAACGGAGAUGGCUCUCAAGUGGCCACGCCAGUGCCCGUCUACCGCGACUCAAACACACCACGCCUGUUGCGCUCGCAGACCGCGCCACCAGGAGCACUCACAAACUCGCGCGAACACCAGAGUCAGGCACCGAGCACCACGAACAACUCGAACGACACGCCCGUUAUGUCCUGCCCUCCACCGAUUCCUCCCAAAGCACUAGGUCGCCAGAGUCCUCCCGUCUUCGAGCUGGAGCAGCAAGCAGCCUCAGUCGACCGCCCACACCCACCACGCACGAGCUCCCUCGAUGACGUUGCAGCAAAACGCAAAACCCACAUUGGCCCUCAGAUCGGGAUCGCGAGGAAGAUUUCAGUGGUGCGCAGAGCUCCUGCUCCCAGCAGACUCAGUGUGCCUUCACCUGUGCAGACAAAGUCUUCUGCUGCUCUUGAUCCGACUGCUCCCAUGCCUGUUUUCAGCAAACAACCGCUGCGCCCGAAGCUCGUGGAUGUGCGCAACCGCAAGAGUACUCUGGUUGUGCUUGACGAGGCUUCUCCUAGAAGGUUUUGA